AAAUAAAUAAUAAAAUCUCGUAGGUGGCACCAAAGCAUGAGGGACCUGCUGAGGAGUGUUCACGGGUGUGGCUGCCAUAUUUAUUGGGACCAUUGGGUAGUGAUAUUUGCAGUAGUAUAUGUGUGAAGGCCCUGAAAGUUUAUUAUUUCAGAUUGAUGUGGUUAUUGGUGCUAGGCAUUAAACCUAGAGCCUCAGGAAUCCAGGCAAGCGCUCGACCACUGAACCACAGGAAACCCUGGCUUCCUGACCUGUUUUGGUGAUUUUUAUUCUGAAACAGGAUCUCCUUUAAUAGCUUAGGUUGGCUUUGAUAUUGCGGUCCUCUUUCUCAGCCUGUAGAGUAUCUGGGAGUAUAUUUGGAGGCCUAGGUUCCCAAACCUAUCAGGCUUUGCUGCUGGGAAAACGCCAGGAGGAGCCGUAGAUUCCGGGAUCCUUGUAUUCUGGUACUUACGGUUUUAGGUUCACAGGUGCCACUCCCCCUGCCUUUAUUUGCGCAUGCGUGAGAGUCAGAGCGCAUCCUUCUGAGUGUUUUCGGUGGCUGGAGCGGUACGGCUAGCGGUUGGAUGGCACGGGGCGGAGCUGGGCGGGCAGCGGCCCUGGGGCUGGCACUGUGGCUGCUCCUUGGUCUCGGACUAGGCCUAGAGGCCUCCCCGACCCCGGCCCCGGCUCCGACCCAGACCCAGGUCCAGAUUUCGGGCCCCAGAGCUGGCUCGUGCAUGACAGACAACUUCCAGUGUCUUACCAGUGGCUACUGUGUGCCCUUCUCCUGGCGCUGCGAUGGGGACCGGGACUGCUCUGAUGGCAGUGACGAGGAGGAGUGUAGGAUUGAGCCAUGUGCUCAGAAUGGGCAGUGCCGUCCACUGGCUGCCCUUCCUUGCUCCUGUGAUAACAUCAGUGGUUGCCCUGCUGACUUUGACAAGAAACUUCUCAACUGUGGCCACCAGCCCUGUCAGGAGGGCGAGCUGCAUUGCAUGCUGGGUGAUGUCUGUAUACCACACACCUGGCGCUGUGAUGGCCACUCAGACUGUCCUGACUCCAGUGAUGAGCUCAGUUGUGACACUGACAUAGACACAGACAAGAUCUUCCAGGAGGAGAAUGCCACAACAACAAGGACUUCUAUUAUCCCGGAGAAUGAGACUUCUUUCAGAAAUGCCACAGUUGCCUCUGCUGGGGGCCCAUCCCGAAACCCAAAUGCCUACGGGGUUAUUGCAGCUGCUGGGGUGUUAAGUGCUAUCCUGGUUUCUGCCACGCUCCUCAUAUUGUUACGACUCCGAAGUCAGGGUUACCUGCCCCCGCCAGGACUGUUGGUGGCGGUGAAGGAGUCCCUGCUGCUGUCAGAAAGGAAAACAUCACUUAUAUGAGGACUCAUGGUCACCGCCUGGCCCUGAGUGCAGUCAGACCGGACAAAGCCACAGUGGGACACGCAGGUAGCCGCUGGCUUCUCAGCUUCGAGACCUAGACUCUUUUGGUCACAGAAAACUUUGAUUUUAAGCUUCUACAGAUGUGGUCCUAGAGACUGGGGCUCCUCAGAUACUCCCUUUGUAUGUGGACCGCUUGGAUGGAGAAUUGCCAUAGUCAGGACUGAGGGGCCAGCCCCAGGAUGAUCCUAAGAAAUGGCGCUACCCUGUUUUAGACACUCCUGCUGCUCACAUUGAUGGGUGGCCAUUAAAGUUCCUUCAUCUCCUC